GCCGCCGCCGCUGCCGCCGCCGUCGCCUUUACACCGCCGUGCGACUCCGCGAGAGACGCACGUUGUCCGCCGGCAACCCAUCGUCACCGUUGAAAAACGAUCGUAAGUAUCGGGAUUUUAAAUUUGAAUUUUUUUUUUUUUUUUUUUUUUGGUAUUUAUUUUUUUUUAUCGCUUUAUUGUUUUCGCGCAUUCUUCCCGAAUAAUAUUUCUGUCCGGGGUCGGUCGAGAUUGACAUUAUCGCCGUACACAAUAUUAUUAUUUACGUCUACAUUAUCACACGGGAAAUAUUUAAUCUCUUUUUGCGGGGGACGGAGGGGGAGGGGAACAUCGGCAUAUCGUAAUAACGCGUGCACGCGGACGUACGGGCAAAAUUUACCUUUCGGUUUUCGUCCCGAACAAAGAGGCUUUUCAGAAAUAUUGUUCGCGGAUGCGGUUACAGAAUAAUGUUUCGGAGGGGGUUUAGGGUUGUAGCUACGCUUUCAAACUCCAAAAAGAUCACAUGCUUUCGAUUGUAGGAUUAUUUUUUUUUUUUUUUAGCGAAUACAGCCUAAAUUAUAACGUAAUUAAAAUGAUUGUGAUGAUAUACGCGAUAUCGCCGUAUCGGUUAUAAUUUUCUAAAAGCAGGAAAACCACAAAAAAUUAGAAAUGACAAAUAAUAACAACGUAAUAUAUAUAUAUACCUAUUACCUAGUAAUAAAAUAAGAACCUUUAAGAAAAUUAAGAAAUAAAAUAAGGUUUUAGUAAUAAAACCGAAAUUGCAUUUAUGUCUUCCUCGUUGACAGAAACCACUUUUAAAACACUAGUGAAUGAAAUCCACUUUCAUCGUAAUUUUCAUAAGAUUUCCGGGUGAGUGGUAGGGAGGGGUUGAACCCCCGAAACCCCAUCGUGUACACUCGCCCGCGUAAAAAAGCGCGCACGCCUGAAAUCAACUUUCCGGUUUUCCCGCCCGAACCGAACAAAGAGGGUUUCGGUUUUCACCCGUGAUUACAGAAAUAUUAAUCGUCAUAAACGAAAGUGCAAACGUUUUGGUGAAACAAACGAAAUGUAAUUUUAAGUGUAACCAUAAUGAUAUAAGUGUAAAACAUAUAAAAAAAAAUAAUUUUAAACCCUUAUUUUGUCGGAGUUUGUACGGCACGCGGAUAAACUCAUACCGCAUGAUUUUUAUUGUGUUACCCAUAAUUCAUUUAUAUCCUGUUGUUUGAAUACUCUGUAGUAUUCUUUCGGAUUUUUCGUAACACUUUCCUAAAUAAAUUUCAUCACAUUUCGGUACGAACUUCGUUGAUGAUAAUAAUAUCCAAUCACGCCUACAGUAAAGUGUAGGGAUUUUUCCGACUUCACUAACACAAUAAUUCACGUUUAUGUUUAUUAAUUUAUGUAACAACGACUUACGGGGGACUAUUCGGUAUUACACUCCCAUAGUUGAUACUUUGUUUUAAACUAAAAUAAAAAAUAUAGGUGUACGAAAUUUUUCGUUCAGUAUAAAAAAUUAAUUGUAGUUUUCCGAGAUAUCUCUCGAGUUUGACUUCGCGAGACGUUCUGUAUAAAUAACAUACAAUAUUUAUUUUAACGAAUUUUUUGUUCUUUAGACAUUCACUUGGUUUUUCACGUGCAUUAUUGAUAAUACAACUAAUGUGAAUUAGGUGUUAAUAUUUUAUAUAUUUCUCAAAUGGACAUCAUAUCGUAUGAUUCGCAGGUAUUCAUUGUUAAUCUAAGACUUGAAGAGUUGCAUGCCCGAAAUUUAAAAGGAAAAGUACUAACUUUUGAAAGAUAAUUUCCAUUUAAACAAUCGUAGUGUUUCGUUAGCCUAUUACACCCGAAAAACUUUAUUUACUUGCCAAUUAACUUUAUUGUUUUUUAUGACUUGUAAGAUGCGCUCACGGACAGCGGUAAUCAACAAUUUUUUUUCGUUUAUGAUCAAUAAUAAUAUUAAUUCUAUGGUCGAAAACCAAAACUCUUUUUUGUUGAAUUUGUGGAAAAAGGAUAAUUUUUUUUUUUUUUGGGGGGGGCGGAAACCAAAAGGUCAACUUCGGGCGAAAAUGGGUCCGCCCAUCAUGUACAUAUACGACCGUAUAAACGCGUGUUAUGAAUCCUGACUUAGGAUGCAUUUUUUUAUUUGUUUUCGGUUCAUAUAGAAUAUUAUAUACUUGUAUAUUUUUACUCCUAUCGAUGUUUUUAUACGAGCCGUUCGCAAAUGCUUUUUGUACUUUUCCAAACGUGACGUAUAAAAACUGAUGGUUUUGCAUCACGAUUUGUCAUCAUCAGUUUUUUUUUUUUUUUUCAUAUAUACACAUUUUAUUUCGGUUUUGCUGUAGUCAACAAAUAUUAUAAGGCGCGAGUUUUUUAUGCGUACGACGGCGAACGUAUUUCUAAAGUUCUCAAAAAAAAAAAAAAUAAAAAAAAAUAUUACGGUUCGAAUUUUAAUAAUUUGACAUAAAUUUGACGGGACCCGAUGACAUAACCCGGUAUUAUGAUAUCGUAAUGAUUUUAUUGUAUCGCAGAAACAACGCGAAUCGGUUUUUUUUUCUUAUAUUAUUCAUUCGUUUCUUUAUUGUGUACGCAAUACGAUUUUAUUCGAAAAUCCGAGAAACACUUAUAAUUGACGCGUUUAUCGGAGCGCGUGAGAUUUAAAUAAACAAUACCUGAUUUACAUAAUGUCACGAGUUAUCGUGCUGGCAAUCGAUCGCUAUAUAUAUAUAUAUAAAGGUAAUUUCCGGGCGAUUAUUAUACCGGAUAUAAUUAUAAACGGCAAGCGACACUGAAUAUUACGCAAACACAAUAUGAUAAUAUUAUGUAUAUAUAUAUAUAUAUAUAUUUUUUUUUUAUUAUCUAAUUUUUACAUUUAUUUUCUAUAUUUGUCUCAGGCACAUUUGCUUGGAGGUGUUUAAACUAUGUAGUGAUGUGACAUAAAUCUGGAUUGUCCGAAAAUCCGAAAAAUCCCGAAAUCGGGAUUUCGGAUGUUAUAUAGGCUACUAAAUCCGAAUUUCGUGGUUGACAUUGUAGAUUUCUGUAUAUUCUAAUUGAAAAAAAAUCAAUUUUUUUUUUUUAUAUAAAAUUUAAGUGUAGUUAUGAAAACUCUAUUAUAAGUAAUAUACAUAAAAUAAUACUAAUUCAGUGUUUCAAAAACCGGAUUUUUCUCAUCACUAGUUUAAACAAUUGUGCAUACUAAUAAUACACUCGUAUAAAUAUAAUAUUUACGCCGCGGUGACUGUAUAAUCAGUUAAAAUUUGUGCAAGUUGGAUACGUUAACUGUGUGUCUAUGCAAAGUGUAUGUGUUAUAGUUUUAUCGCUAACUAAUUUAAUUAAUUAGUUUAGUUUUAUCAGUGCCGAAUCAAGUGGAAACGGAUUAGGAGGGGCAGGGGGUAUCCGUGUCCCAAACAUCAUAGGCCGCGAAGAUUUCGAAUUUUUAUUGGUUGGGUGCUAAAAUAGUUCUAAUAUAUUAUUUAUAUUACAUUAAGACUGGCUUAUAUUAUAUAAAAUAAAAAUUUUAUAGGGAAGGCUUCGGACGAUUUUGGGUGGAUGGGCUGAGCCCCCUGACUUCCCCACAAUCACGGCUGUCCAUGUCCGGACACCAUAUUUUGGUAUGAGGGCACGCUUAAAUUUAUGAACAAAAUAAAAAAUUCCAAGAAUAUAAUUGAGAAAUCUUAACGACGUCAAUUUAUCUGUUUUUAUUUUAUGUCAUUUUCAAGUUUUCCCAAUUGUUAUAAAAACUGGUUAGAAAGUCAAACAUCUUUAUUGUAUCAGCUAGAUCUGAAAUCUGAAAUAAUUGGGAAAAAUCAGGAAAUUUGUUUAGGAAAAAUGGAUAAAAUAUAAUUACGGUGCGCCGCGGCGUUACCGAUUUUAUUAUUUAUAAAUAUUUAUGAUGUAUGGUUGCUACCAAAAAUCUUGUUCAAAUCAAAAAACGACAUGAGACCUUUAUUGUUACAUUUUGGAUCAUUGAUUUUCUAACCAUUUUUCAUUAUAAUUAAGGAAAAAUCGGAAAAAAACGUUAAAUAAAAAGUUCAAACCUAUGACAUGAUAAUAAUUAAAAAUUGUUCUAAAUUACAUUUCAACCAGAAAUAUAAUUGUUGUAAGUUUCAAGAGUAAUAUAUUCCCUGACAAAAAAAAAAAAAUGGUUUAGAUUGUGAGUAUUGUUUGACUAAACAGAAAUGCUAGAAAAUUUAAUCAUAGGUUUAUUAUAAGUUGUAGUUAGUGGUAAAAAAGAAAGUAGAGCGAAAUGAAGUUUUUUUUAUAAAAGUUUAAGAUUAUAUUUUAACGAAAAUUGUAAAAUUUACAGCAUUUCAAAACAUGUAUAACCAAAUUCUGCUCAAAAUCACAUUUCGUUUUGAACGGUUUAUCAAUACUUACGGAUUAACUUCAUGUAUCCUACUUUUUUAAAUAUAAAUAUAAUUUUUUAUGUUUUAUGCACAUGUUUUAUUUUUACGUAUAGAAAAUUAUAAUAUAAUAAGGUAUUUCGGAAAUUAAAUAAUUGUGGUUUCAUUGUUAUAUAGUAGGUACAAAUUGAAUAUACUUUAAUACUGUAAUGAAGUAUUUAAAACCCUCCACAAAAUAAUCUUAAAUAAAUCCUAAAACAUUCAUUUUAUGAUCAAUUUUUUUUUUUAUGAUAAUAUAUUUCCUAAAUUUUCUUGCUUCAAUUUUCAAGUGUAGCUAUUUUCUGAGAACAAAAGUUCGCAUGUAUUGAAGGAAAGAUACUUUUAGAUUUUCUUUGUUGUUUUCCAAAUAAUUGAGAAAAACCGAACAACAUAGUAAAAUUUUGUGCAAUUUCUAGGCAUUUGAUAUUUUUUGAGUUUGUUUAGUUUUAUAUAUGUGAGUAGAAUAAUUGUUUUGGUCAGAUAAAAAUGGUUGAAAAUUGUACAAAAGGUUCAACAAUAAGUUCUUUUAAAAAAAAAAAAAAAAUUGAACACUACCUAGAAGGAUAAUUGUAAAAGCAUUUUAAGUAGAAAUUGUUUUUAUUUUUGUUACAUACAAGAAAUUUUAUUCCAAAUUCUAAGAGUAGUGUUAUUUCCUGAGAGACUAUUUUGCCUAAUUAGCGAGUGAGGAGUUCGUUGAUGUUCUAUGUAGUUUAGUUAAUGAUUGAGCAAAACCGGAAGAAAAGAAAGGAAAAACGGGAAAGUUUAUGAAAUGAAUGGUUUUAUUAGUCUCAAUUUGAAAUUUUUUUGUUUUUUCUAUUUGGUUAAAAAUAAUAGGGAUCUAAAAUAUUUAUAGAACAACUUUAUUGAUUUUUUUCUAAACAUGGUAAUAUUUUUAAAACAUUCUGGGGAUUUUUAAGCUAUUUAUGAGAAUUUUACUUUUUCGAGUUUUUUAAAAAUAUUUUAUUGUAUGGAUAAAAUUAUUUGAUUGAACAGUGGAUGCUUAAAAAUUUAACAUGAGGUUCAUCAUAAUUUGUACUUAUUGGUAAAAGAAAAAUUUUGCGUAAAGUAAUAGUUUUUAUUUUAUAAGUGUUUUAAGAUCAAAUUUUGCCGAAAAUCAUAAAACUCAAGGCAUUUAAAAAAAUAUAAAUAAAUUUUGCUCAGAAUAUUUUUUUGCUAGCAAUAAUUUAUCGUUGUACACAGAUAUAAACUAAAUAACUCUAUGUAUUUAACCUUCUUAACUUUCUACCCACCACAGUAGCACAUAGCUAACCUAAUAUAUUCAUCCAUUUCGCGUAUAGUUUAAUAAAUAAAAUAAUAUUUGUAGUAAAAUCAAUAGUUGAGGUAUUGAGUAUCAUAUUAAUACAAUACAAUACUAAAGACAAUUCAUGUUCAUAAUAUAUUGAUGUUUUUGUAACUUAAUUUUUCCUUGUUCAAUAUAGGUAAAAUAUUAAAAUAAAGUUGUAAAAGCCAUGGCAUAAGGGAAAGGGAUGAUUCAUCUGUUGCCUCUCCCAUAAAACUACCACUGGGUCAGGUCUCAUGCUAAAAGGAGUAGAUCGUCGAUUAAGAUGGGACACAAGACCGUCGAGUUGCCUAUUACAGUAUAAUAUAUUUCUAUUAAAUUUGAAAUUGGCAAUUAUAUUUUAUAAUUGCAUAUUAUGGAAAAAUAAUACUAAAAGGAGCUAAAUUCUUCGUAUUUCAAAUUAAUACCUUUAACAUAGUGUACCUAUUAUAAGUACAUAUAUUUUGUCUUUUGCUGAGCUUCCGUGCUAUUUUAAUAUCAUUUAGGUACUUUGAGUUACAAUUUAAAACUCAUAUUCAAUAAUGAGAUUAAAGUCUCGAAAUAAAUUAUGUAGGUACCUAAAGUUAAAUUAGUAUAAUAAUGAAUGUUAUAUAUUUCAGAAAGUCAUUGUGAAAUAAUUACAUAUUAUGAUUGAGGAAUUUUUUUUACAUAAAGUAAUGAAUUAUGAAUUAUAAGUUAGAACAGUGGUGCAACCAUGGUAGGUUAUAAAUUUCAAUCAAAUUUUUGGACAGGCUUUUGGAAGAACGAAUUACUGUUAUACAUGUAUAAAUAAGUGAAGUGCACGACGUACACUAUAAUAUUAAAUGUACAAAAAAAUGUCUAUAAUUGCAAUUCAAAUUAUAUAAAUCUAUAUGGUAUUACGUAGAAUUCGAAAUAAAGAAUGUCUAAUUUGGAGAGGGGGUUAUAACUACCCCCCUAAUUGUGUCACUGGGUAAUAAAUAAAAAAGUGCAAUAUAAAGUUGUUCGUUAAUAAAUGGAAUUUCGAAACUAUAUUUUUAAAACAAUGUGUAUUAUUUCCUAUGCUUUCAACAAAUUAAAACAAUGAAUGCCAAAAAUGAUCGAUUUUCCUUAAAAUACUCGUAUAUUUUAACAUGUCUUUUCACUAAAACCAUAACCCUGUUUUUAAUACGCCGUGCAUGAUAUACAUAAUACUUUGUAAUUAAUAUAUUUAUUUGAUAGAUUGACAUAAUUUUUUAACAGAAUAAAAUGUCUCCAAAUAAAAUAAAAUAAUUAAUAAAUAUAUAAAUAAAGAUCUAAUUAAUAAAUUCAUUUUCACUACCUAUCUAAUAACAUAGUGACACCAAUUGUUAAUGCGACAUGCAUCCAUUUAUAAUUUCGGUAUUAAAUCCCGAAAAUUCAAAAUCAUAUUCUAUCAUUUGUAUAAUAGAAAGAAAUCGCCAAGGUAUUUAAUUUAUUUUUUCUUGUCAAUGAUUUGUUUUUAUUAAAGGCGACUAGCUUAUAUAUUAGACACAAGAUAUUUAAUUAAAAUUGCUGACUUCUACAUUAUCACUUACAUACAAUGUAAGACAAAAGCUACAAGUUUCUAUAUCCCAGACAAUUUCAGGAAUUUAGGUGAGCUUUCCGGAAUGCAUAGCUUUGUGUAAUAGUCGGGUUUAAAAUUAUGGUAUUUUGCGGAAUUGUGAAGUUUUGCGAAUAAUAAUUUCGAAAUACAUUGAGAUUGGGUUUAUGCGGAAUUGUGAAGUUUUACGAAUAAUAAUUUCGAAAUACAUUGAGAUUUGGUUUAUGCUCGAGUGUUGGAAUUCUUUAAUGUCCUAGGUAGGUAUGUUUGCAGAAUUUUUGCUGUUAACGGAUAGUAUAACGUCAUAACGAGCAGAAUUAUAUAAUCAAGCGUAUAAUAUACUUAUUCCCAAAUUUGAAUUUAGUGAUAACUGGAUUUAGGACGAGGAACUUUUUGUGAGGUAUUUGAUAUGUUGGAAUUUUGAUUUUAAGCGUGGUCUACUGCGUGUACUACUAUUUGUACCGUGUAAAAUAAUACACAAUGUGCACAUUAACGUAGUUUUUAUUAGUUUUUCGAUACAGUGCAAGUAUUUUUGUAUCAUUAUAAAUAUUGAAAAGUUUAUUAAUUUGGAAUUUUCAGUUUUCAAUUUCUCACUACCUAUUUAUUUGUCGAGUAUUAUUACAUACCAAUAAUAAUAUUAGAGAAAAAUAUUAAAAACUAACAAAUGCAAAUAUGUACAAUUUUGAGUUUUGGUAUAAGCCGAAUAAAAUAGGUACAAUUGAAAAUAAAAAUAUAUACAUUUAUCGUAUCAUAUUAGGUAUAGGUACGAACAAAUUGUAAAAUGGAAACCUUUUAUAUAUACUGCAAAUCCUUUUGUGUCAGGUGGCGUAAAGUUGUUGGGCAUAAUAGAGGACGACUUGACGAUUUGAUUUGUAUUAAAGCGUUCGCGCGAAUUUACUAUAAGUAGAAAUAAGGGCGGAAGAAGGCUUUCGUUUAAACGAUUUAAGGUUUUUUUUUAUUUCAAAGGAAUCUGUAUGGCAAUGACAAUAGGAGAAUAAUAUAUUUUAUUCGCAAAGGCUGUUCAUUGUAAUGUACUUAUAUCAUUUGCACAGCUAUAAUAAUACUAUUGAAUUGAAAUUAAAUUGUAUAAAAUCUCAAAUAUAUUAAAAUUAUAUAAUAAAAUAUAUAUAUAUUUUUUUGUAGGUAGGAAUUGUGAUAACAUAUUUGAAAAAAAAACAACGUAUUUUUUGGUUUCAUUACAUGGUAUUUUUAUAGCUUUACGUGUAGGUAAUCGUUUUGUUCAUAAAAAUCACUUGCUUAACGCACCUAUGUAUAACAUAAUAUAAUACAAAUAUAUUUUACCACAUUGUCUAUAAACACAAUUCCUUUUAACAAUGCCCAAUAAUUAUUGUUUGAAGAUGUUUAUAAUUUGCAUUGUGUCCAUAACAUGGUAUAAUAUAUUAUCGUAACUUGUACUAUAUUAUAUAUAUAUAUAGAAAUGCUAUUGUUGACAAAGAUUUUUUAAAUAGGUACUUAAAAAAAAAACUAGAUAUUACCUGACUUUCGAAAACUAUUUUUCUCAAAUAAUCUAUGGUACUAAUUGGCAAUUUUCACCACAAGUCUACACCUAUAUAAUUAACUAAAGGCAUGUGCCUAUAUGUAAUACAGGCACAUGCAUCAAAAACAUUUUCAGUGAGAGAGGGAUUUAUAAGUAAAAGAAUUAAACAUUUUGAACUAUAAAACUAGUAGAAGGAUCAUUUUUAAAAUUUUGGGGAGGGGAGGGGAUUGAACCCCUAACCCGAUCUUGUAAACAUGCUUGUAAUUAUAUAUAGUAUAUAAUAUAUAAAAGUAAAUUACUUAAUUCCUACUUUUCUUAACCAAUCGAUACAAAUAAUAUUGGUGAUAUUUAUUAAAACUUAAGUUUUAAUUAUUUAGAUUAAUUAAAUUUAACAGUAUUAAAUUGCAUAAAUAAACCACAAUCAAUUUUAUUAAAAUGAAUAGGUAGUUACUAUUAAUACAUUUUAACCAGGCGUGAAUUCGAGGAAUGACCGUUCCGAUAAAUAUGGUUUUUCUAAAAUCGCCAAAAAAUAAUUACCUAAUAGUUCUUUAAUAUUAUUUUUGAUUAAUAAUCCUUUGAAAUUCUUAAAUCUAGUUCUGCCUCCUUCUCUCCGUUUAAAAUUCCUAGAUCCGUCUGUGCUUGUGGACAGCGUUAAAUGUGAUUUAAAAUUUAAAUUUGUUAUAUUUUAAAACAAUAAUUUCUAAUAUGUUUAUUACUUUGAUUUCGCUCUACAAUACAAUAAAAUGUUCUAUAAUGGAACUUACUUUUUAUUAUAAAAUAAAAAGUACCCAAUGUUUUAAAUUAAUCAAUUAAAAUUAUGCUGUGAGAAUGUAUGAGAAUAAUAUUUUAAUAGUCUAAGCAAAUGGUUUUGGACACAAUUUAAAAUUUCAAUGGUACAUAGUGCAGUAGGUACUAUAAUAUUUUAAUGGGUUUUUUCUAAAAUAAUGUGAUCAUUAUAAUACUUGUUUUAAGCAUUACUUGUUAUUAUACAUCUAUAGUUAUUAUAUUUAUGGAAAUAUUUGGAAAUUUAUUCUGUUUUAUUUCACUACACAUUAAGACAAAAAUAUUCAAAUUCAUUUUUCAAAAAUGUGUAAUGUGUAUAGGGAGGAUAAAUGUUCGCGUUAUAAAAUGUCCAGGGGAAAAUUGUCAUACAUUCUUGAAAACCAUACAGCGUAUAAUAUUUUUAUUAAAGCAAGUUUACUACGUUAACCUUGGCUUAUCUAUAAAGGCCUAAACUUUAUUAUUAAUGAUAACGUAUAGGUAAUUAACUUUUUUACCGGCAUAUAAAUUUAAAAAAAGUAUAAAACAAUAGUAUCGAUGACUAUUAACACGAUAUAAUGUGCGUUAUGGUAAAUUGUACACGCAUUAGGUAUAUAACUUAAAUAGAGCCAUAUAGGUAUUUAUAGCUAACGACGAGAAUAAAAAGUUUAAAAAUAGUAAUUUUUUAAAGUUAUUUACAAAUAGGUAGGUAUCCAUAAUUUACUGUGUAUUAUCCAUGUCUACACAUAAUAAUAUACUACUUUAUGCUAGAAAUUGAUAAUAUUUUAUGAUUUACAAUGGAACUAUAACUAUAUAUAUAUAUAUUGUAGAAAAGUGUAAAUAUAAUAUAUUUAAACUUCCUUUAAAAUUUAAUAGGUACCUUAUAACGAAUUAGAUAGAUGUAUGAAAAAAGUAAUAACCAUAGUUGUGAUGGGCGUAUUGCAAUUAUUUGUAGGUAUACUUCGAUACUAAUAUUAUUUUUUGAAUUAUUAUAGGUAUUGAUAUUAACUUAUUUAAUAUUUAUAAUUUUUUUUUUUGUUUUUAAUUUAAAACUAUUAUUUAUUAUUGACAGUCUAAUGGUUUUGGAUAAAAGUAACCGUUAAUUAAAGUAUGCGGACAACGGAAUUCUCUUCUGAAAAUUUUUAUUAGAUUGAGCUGCAAAAUUUGAUCAGGUAUGUGUACUAUACAUCUAUAUAUUAUUUAUAAAGGCGACACUUGAAUAUAAUUAAUAUUAAUAAACGUACCACUUAAACUUCAUUUAUAAAUUUAUUUUCAUAUAUUCUAUACAUUUCACGAUUAAACAACAUUACAUUAUAGUAGUUUAGUGAACACCUUUUAGGAAAAUUUCAAAUUUUCCCCUCACAAAUGAUUUGAAAAUACGCCACUUCUUAAAAUCUGCUGCAAAAUUAUAGGUACUUUUCUCUGAACUUUAAAAAAUUAUUAAAAACCAUGAUUUAUUCAAUCAAAAUAAAAAGUUGAUACGUAAUAAUUUUCAAAAGAAUAAUAAUAAUAAAAUCUAUAAAAUGGCUUAAUAUUUUUCUAAUUUUUUGUAAGUAAUAAAAUGAAAUGUUAUUUUUUAGUUUUUUAAGAUGAACAAAUUUAAUUCAAAUAUAAAUAUUUGUAGUCCUUAUCCUUGCGAGUAAUAACAAUAAAAAAACAAAACAGAAUUUAACUAUUUUUAUUAUCUCAGGAAUAUUACAAUAGGCAUAUCUUCGUGAGACAGCCUGUAUUUUGUUCAUAUUUGUAUUUUAUUUCACUAAUUAUAGUUGCUAAUUAUUUACAUUCGUUAAAGAAAAAAACAUUAUUCCGCAUAUGUAUACAAUAUAAUAAACCUAAACCUCAGAGGGGUGAAUAUGAUGCUACGGCUUUAGCGAACAAGGGUCACGGAGCUUCUAUUGGUGAAAAGUCCAGUUGGGUAAUUUCAGUAGGCUUAUGGAACUGUUUCUGUGGGGUGAAUGAAUUCACUUUAUUGUCGAUAAUACCAUUUUCCCUGUGUGAAGGGUUCAGAAUACGUCCACGGUACCUCUUCUUGUUACAUCAGUAAGAGGCAACUAAUACAGUAUAAUAGGUAUACACGAAAUAUAAGGAUACCGACAAAAUAUUUUUAAAGAAGUUAUAGGGUUACUAAAAUGCCCUUUACAUUGUUAUUUUAUAAAUAAUUAUUUAAAAAUAACAAUUUAUGAUUAGAUAAUAAUUGUAGGUAUAGCUGCUUAUGAUCUCGGCCGGAGGAAUGUUUGAAGAAUGGCUCCACCGAUGUCGCGAAUCUCGCCAACUUGUUGUGGUGAUUGUGGCCAUAGCUCUACUCCUGGAUAAUAUGCUUUUAACAACUGUAGGCAAGUAUAAUAUUACAAUAAUAUUUUACCUAUUCGUAACAAACUCCCAACUAACAUGUACAUACCUUAGUUUGUAAUAUUACUAUUACCCCUAAUAAUUAAUCUUAUUUAUACCUAUUAUUAAUUCAAAUAUCGUAUAGUCUUAUAUUUACAUUAUUAAAUGAAAUGUGAAUAAUUUUACGAGUACUCUAUACUCUACAGUUUCGUCUUAAAUUACUGACAGCAUCAAAACUGAACGAUAUAUUAUUAAAAUGAUAAAACAGAUUCAAUUAGAAAUAUAACUCUAAAUAUUUGUGUCUUUAAUUGAGGAGGGCCGUAGAGAGACUGAGUUUCUCUUUUUUUAUACAGAUAUUUUAGCAUAUCCCAACAAUUUUCCAUAAUGAACACAGAUCCAAAAAUUUGUUGACUCCAAAUACUAAAUUUAUCAAUUUCAAAAAAUUAUUUACCUAUUUUUUUUUUGUUCUUUGAUAAUAAUUAAAUUUGAUGAUAAUGAUAUAACAUAUUAUAAAAUACAAAAAAAAAACCUAAACAAAUAUUAGUUUUAUCGAAUUUAGAAUUAAUUCAUAGUUGAUUUGUCGACUCAGGUGUCUUAAUUUCCAAGUUUAGGAGUAGGUAUCACUCUCUCCUCCCGUGCACUCCCCUAUAUCUCCGAUCUGCAUGAAAAUUAUAAACAUGUAUGUAUUUAACGAUUAAUGAAAUAUAAUAUUAAUGUAUGCACAUUAUUUUUUUACAUUUUUGCGUCCUCCUAAUUGUUUUCCAAUUCACGCAAUGCAGUUCCAUCUUAAACUGAACAGAUUAAACUUGUUUUUAGUGAAUACUUAUUAAUUCAAAAUUACACAGUUAUAUUAUAGACAUUUUUAAAUUGUAUAAUUCUUAAGAGUAUAUAGGACAUAGGUACUAUACAAUAGCUGUAUAAUUAAUAAUUACACAUUGUUUUUUUAUAUUACAGUACCGAUAAUACCGGAAUUCCUUUACGACAUCCAACAUCCCGAUCAACCUUUAACUUCAGACAUAUCACAAGCCCCUCAUGAUCAAUAUGUAGUCCCGCAUGGAGAUAUGGCAAAUUAUACAGGUACGUUCAUGUAAUUUACAUAAUAAAAACACUUAAUAAUAUAACACUAAUACAUUUUAUUAUAUUUGUAAACUGGUAAAUAAUAUAACAUAUAUAUACAUAGUAACAAUAAGUAGGUAUAUAUAGGUAUGUACCUAUUCUACCUUUGGAAAGGAGAGGGAAUCUAAAAUAAGACACCAAGAUUGAAGAUGAGGUUGUCCCCCCCUAGAGAAAAUUCACGUAUCUCCCAGAUAUUUUGGCAGUUUUAUUUCAAUCAAUACCACACACAAUUAUAUAAAUAAUAAAAUAUUAGGAAGUUUAAUAAUAUUUUAUAGAAAACGUUUUUUCUUAAUUAAAUUUAAUAUUAAACAAUAUAUUAAAUUUAUAUGAUUAAAAAACAGACAACAUGAAAUUUGAUAUACCCGUUAUAUAGUUUAGACUCUAGUGGUUUUCAAAUUGCGUGUCGUGAUACAUUGGUGUGUAAUGAACAUUCACUAAUUGGUUUUACUAUGAUGUGUGCUUUUUUUUUUUUUUUGUGUCUGUGAGCAACUUUUUCUUUCUGAAAUCUUGCCUCAAUCAAAAACUAAAAGCAUAUCAUUUUUGUUGCAUUUAAAAACUAGUUAAUGCGAUAAAUACGUAAUUAUUUGUUUCCUCAAGCGAUUUUGGAUGGGAUUACGAUAUUUGCAAGACAACUAUAAGGCCGACAGUGUAAGGGGCUGACAUAAUAAUAAUAUAUUUUAUAUUUCAUAAUUUUUAUUAAUCUUGUAGGUAUGUCUUCUUUAUAUCGUUUAUAAAAAUGUCCUACAGUGUUAUCCUUAUAUGUUAAGAGCUCUAUCAAUAUUUAUUUUUUUUUCAAACAAGUUUUGGGGAGGGGGGCACAGAUGUUGAAAAAAAUAAAAUUUGUAUCCCUUAGGAAAUCACUGAAAAAAAUAACUUUUUAAUUUUCCACUUUUUAAAAUUUAAAAAUGGUAAUUUUAUAAAAUAUAAUAUUCUUCAAAUUUUAAUGUAUCAUACAUUCAUACCCGAUUAAUAGUUUCUUAAUUAUAGUACCUAGCUUUAAUAAACAAAAAAUAGACGUGAAAACAAUUUAUUAAUAUUCAAUAGAAAAAAAGAAAUUACCGUGCUGAUUGUAAUUCUUUAUCACGUAACGUGUUAUUUUAAUGAAUAUUAAUAAUUGUUUUCACUCCAAUAGAAAUGAAAAUGACUAUUACUAAGAAAAUAUUUAUCGGAUAUGAAUGUAUGUUUAAAAUAAUAUAUUUUAUAAAAUGGCUAUUUGGAACAGUGAUAAAAUAAAAAGUAAUUUUUUUUUCAACAAUUAAGGGUUGAAAAUACAAAUUUAAUUUUACUUUACUUAUUUGUCCCACUCGCACAAAACCUGAAUGAAAAUUUUUUUUUAAACAAAAUAAAUAUUGAUGGAAUUAUUAGCAUAAGGAUAACACUGCAGGACACUCUGUAUAUGCGCUUGUAUGCAAUCAUAAUUGUCAAGCAACAUACCUAGGUCAAAAGAUCAAUUUUUAAAAGCUUAUAGCAUACACUUUUUAAUUAAUUAACUAUUUAUUAUACAUAUUUUAUACUUCUUUAAAUUUAAUACGACCUAUUUUAUAUUUAAUUUAAUUACGAAUUCAAUAAUUUAAUAAACUAAAUGGGUUUAUUUAGUUUAUUAUUUUUGUGUUUUAUUGAUAUAUUAUAAUUAAUUCGAUCGUUAAAUUUCGUCACUAUGUCGAUCCUAUGAUUGUCGACCGAUCGACCCUUUCCUAUCGUUGGAAAAUAUCGUAAAAAAAACGUAUAGGAAAAUUAGACAAAUAUUUACAGUGCGUGAUGAAUUUCAAUAUUUUAAAUUUCCAAAAUUUUAAAAGUAAUUUUUUUGAAGACAAAUUUUGUCUAUUUGACAAAAGAAGGUAAGAAGGUAAGAAGUUGUAAGAAGGUAAUUUUAUGAUAUCUCAAGCAAUUUACAUAACGAUUAGGAAAAAAAACAUAAAAGAAAAACGAUCAUGUUUACGACGUGAACAAUUUCAUUAUUUUAAAUUGUUCCGAUUUAGUUUUUCUUGUAGUCUUACGACAAAAUCAUGUGUAACAUGAUUUUUAAAAGACAAUUAUAUAAUACUUUAAGCAUGUAAUUUAAUUUUCAUGUAUGCUUUUUUUUUCUGUCUUUGAGGAACUCAGAAAUCUUGCUCCAAUCAAAAAAUGAUUAUAGAUAUAUUUUGAGUUGCAUUUAUAUAGAAGUGCGUUAAUUUUUCAAUUUAUAUGUAAAUGCUUGAAAAUUUAACUAAAAGUUCAUGAUAAAUUGACUAAGUGGUGAAAAAAAAAUUGAGUGUAAUUAAGUCGUCUUUUUAUUGCAUAGAAGCCAUUAUUGCGUGAUUGUGCCUACUUUGUUUAUUGUGUGUUGUGCUAUUUCACUCCGAUUCAUAAUAAUAGCACGUUUUCUAAAAGGAAAUUUGACUUGGGAGGUAUUUUAAUGAGGUAAUUUAUACAUUUUCUCAUCAAAUUUGAAAAACAGAGAGAAAACGGGAAAAUGUACGAAAUGUAGGUAUAUUAGUUAAAAAUAUUACGGCCCUUUUUUUUCCUGUGAACAACUUUUCUACCAGUAAUUUUACUCCGAUCUUCAAUGAAAACAAUUUUUCUACUGUUUAAUAUGACUGGGUAGAUACUUAAGGUAGCUAAUUUUUUGAUUUUCUCAGGAAUUUUCAUAAUAAAUAGGAACAUAUGAAAAACCAGAAAAAGCGUAGGAAAAACGGGAAAAUAGGAACAGUAUAAUAAAUAAAUGUUAUUAAAGAAAAUAUAUAAUGUAUAUGUAAUUAUUUUACCAUAAUAUGACAUAUGUAUGAUUGAUUGUUGCGUACAGAUUUACAUUAAAUUUCCUCUUUACUUUCUCAACUUCUCAUCUACAGCCCACCCACAUGCGAAGUAUGCCCGGCUCAUUUUUCUUUCGGUUUGCUCGAUUAUUAAAAAAACUACACAGAAAAUCAAAACACAACCUUCUUAUAUUUACCAACUUGACUAAAAAUUCAACAGUAAAAGUAUUUUUAUCGGAUCAAUAUUUCUGAUAGAAAAUAUAUAAAUAAAAAAUGAAUACAUAAAAAUAAAAUAAAUAAAUGAAUCAAUGCGUCACCUAGCGUAUUACGAUAAGUAUAUUAUACGACUGGUUUCGAAUUAAAAAUUCAUCGGGUGUAUCACAGUCAAAAUAUAAAAUGUAAACCGCGUUUUAUAUUUUGACUGUGAUACACCCGAUGAAUUUUUAAUUCGAAACCAGUCGUAUAAUAUACUUAUCGUAAUACUCUAGGUGACGCAUUAAUUCAUUUAUUUGUUUUAUUUUUUAAUUAUAUACAUUUUUUAUUUAUAUACUUAUUUACUUUAUUUAUUUACGAGUAUUAACCAUUUUGAUAAUUUUGUUUUUACUUUAUUAUUGAAAAUAUAUAAUUAGUAAAAAUUAAAAACAAUGAAACCGCGUGCCAUAAAUAUUUUUUUAUGGCCGUUUUUUCGAUAUUUUUUUUCCGAUUUUGCCCAUUCAUUGUAAAAACCCAUUGGAAAAUCAAACAAUGACCUACCUAAUACCCCAACUAUGUACGUUUUUUCAGAAAAAUGUCUACCUUGAUAUAUCAGAGGACGAUUUCUGUUGAAAAAUUUGCUCACAGACGAAAAAAAAAAAAUAAAAAUAGUUCCCUCAAUACGCUUCGAAUGUAAAAAAAAUGAGUGAAUGGGUUGUGGGUGCUUGGAUAUUAAUUAAUAUAUGGUGACACAAAUUCGUAUGGUUUUUUAAAAUUAAAUAUAACAAUACAAUACAUAGUAUUCAAUAUUCAUUAAAGAACAAUAAACAAAUAAAACGUAAAUAGGUCUUAACAAAGUUUUCUGGAUAUGCCAGUGUUUAUGUAUAGGUACAAUCAUUUACACAUAUAUUUAAGUCUGUGAAAAGUUUUGAAGUUUUAAAAGGGCUCUCGUGGAAACUAUAGUUAGUAACUCCUAUCAACUGGGUAAGGUUUAUUUUAUAUUUUAUAGGUAAAGUGUAGUAAGAUGUAAAGUAUUUUUGAUAGGCAGGUGGAUAGGUGGAAAAUGAAAUAAGUGAUUCGAGGAAAAAUACUUUGCACCGCCGCUAUUACGGAGUAUCACCACAUUACAUUAUGCAUUAUUUAUUUAUUUUAUUCUAUAGAAUUAACACUAUUUAGAUUUUUACAAAAGUAUUUGUAUUACUUACAUUACAUUAAAAAAAUUAUACAAAUUUAUUCCAAUUUUCCACGGAAAUGAGACUUAUUGCAACCUACUUUGUCGUUAAUAUGGUUAAUAUAUUUUUUUCUCCAUUACUUUUGUGUAUUUGUAUGGGAUUUUUCCUGUAUUAUAUGAGUUCUAACUCAAGAAUUUGAGUUGUUUUAUUGACGUAAUAAAGUGAUAAUAAGUUGAGUUGUAUUUUAAAUAUGCAUUUCACUAAUGGUUUUUCCUCAAAUAGCCCUAGAGUUACUCCAAAUGAAACUAGAAAAUUUAAAUUUGUUUAUAUAUAUAAAUAUAUCGUUAUUACUAAGGAUGUAUCUUUUGGGGGUUUAAACUUUCAACAUUCUCUCCUACUAUUUGUAUGCUCAAAUUUCACGAUUUUUUUUUUUUCAGAAGUAGUUGUAGUAUAGUAUAUACGAUAUAGUACUAUUUUAGUCAACGAUAAUAUAUAAUUACACGAAGAAUAUUUUAUAGUAUAAAGUAGGGGGGGGGAGGGGAAUUAAAUUUUAGUAACGGAUUUCUAUUGCUCACGGGUGUCUUUUUCUUGGAACGAUAUGUUAAAUUUAAAAAUAGAUUUAGUGUUCUGUACUAUGCAGAAUGUAAGUGUAUUAUAAUAAUGCUGUGUUGUUUUAUGCAAAUUAAAUUAGAAAAUGGAACAACUAGUUGGCAAACACAAGAAGCAAUUCUCAAAAAGGAAAGACACGACGAUCUGGUUCACGAAACUGUUGCGGUCGGUAUGAUGUUUGCGUCAAAAGCGGUAGUGCAGCUUAUGGUAAACCCAAUUGUUGGACCUCUAACCCACCGGAUUGGCUAUAGCAUUCCAAUGUUUACAGGAUUUUUCAUCAUGUUUAUAUCUACCAUAAGUAAAAAUCAGUCAUCGGAUCACGUAUAUAUAUAAUUCAUUUUUUUUUUUAAUUGUAUUUAAUAUAUUAUUUUUGUAGUAUUUGCUUUUGGUCGAAGUUAUGGAGUACUUUUUGUAGCGAGAGCUUUGCAAGGUAUCGGAUCAUCUUGUUCAACAGUCUCUGGUAAUUAUUAUACUAUACAGCAACAAAAACAAUCUAAAAUGUUUACAUAUAUUAUAUUGUUUUGAAAAAAUUAUUGUUUGUUUUGUUAGAUAUUUUUAGGUACAAAUACGUGUAUAUUGACAUACUUAUUUUUUUUCCAGGGAUGGGAAUGUUGGCUGAACGAUACCCGGAUGAUAAAGAACGAGGAAACGCAAUGGGUAUUGCAUUAGGUGGAUUAGCUCUAGGUGUAUUGAUCGGCCCACCAUUUGGCGGCAUCAUGUAUGAAUUUGUGGGAAAAACGGCUCCGUUUUUAAUACUUUCGGCUUUGGCACUAGGAGACGGAUGUACGGAAAUAAUUUGAAUAUUAAGUUUAAAACAUUUUAAUUAAAAUCCCGUGUCUAUUGCGAAUGAUUGACUUGCGGUAUAUGCCAUUAAACUGUAUAAAGAUAUUUCAGUAAGUAAUUAAACUGAAUAACACACUUUGCUGCAUACGUUGUUUGGUCCUAUAUAAAUCACAGUUGGAUUGAGCAUUGUAUGAGAUUUUUAGAGACAGUAUAAUAUAUCUUAUAUCAGUGGUUUUGACAUUUUUUAUUUCGCCUAUCACUAAUGUGUAUUACGGAUCUGUCAAGUACCACUUAUGAAUAAAAAUUAAACUAUUCAAAACUGUAAUACAUUUAUUUCAAAUUUUAAAACAGUAAAAUACUACACCAACAAUUAUUUAUAAAGAUUUUUUAAUUUUCAAACAAAUUAUAAAAUAACAUCAUAUCCGUAAAAAACAAAGUACAAAUAUUUAUUUAUUUUUCGUACAACCAUCAUGUGGCCUUCAGGAUACAACCAUAUUACCUAUCAUAUGCCAUCAGUGGUACGCACACCACAGAUUAAGAACCACUUAUAUAGAUUGGACCUUUGUAUAGUUAUUUAAGUGUAAAUGUUAUAACUACAUAAUAUGUAAAACUGUAUUAAAACAAAUAACAAUUACUUAAUCGUUAAAUUUUCUCUUAUAAAGUAUUAUGAUUAAAUAUUCCAAUUUUAAGAAGUUAAAAUAUAAUUUACUUACGAGUAUCAUUAUUAUCUAAAUAUCCAGUCUGUGAGGAAGUUGUCGAUAAGUUUUUUUGUUUUUUUUUUUUUUUAUAAAUGGUCAUCUUAAGAGUUGACACUGCAGAAAAUGUGGAUUAAAAAACUCGAUCAUUCUACUAUAAUAUCAUUUCGUAAAUUAUUUUAAGUGGCCUAAUCCCAAAAUUUUAAUAAUUUCAACUACCUAUCCGCAUUAUUUAAUAAACUAGAAGACUCCAUAUCGUUUCAGGCAUGCGUGCAAAUAUUGUAAAGGGUUUUUGUAAAUAUAUCUACUAUAUAUGGGAAAUUGGGAACUCAUAUUAAACCACUAUUAUUUUCUAUUAGAUUAAAAACACUAAAUAAAACAUAAUAGGUAGGUAUAUAAUUUUACGUCACGUAUUUUAUAGGUACCCAUGUUUUUAUGAAGUUAAUCUAUUGUCUGUAUGAAGUAUGUGCUGUGUUGUUAUGUGUAGGUUGCAGACACUUAAUUAAAGUGUUAAUAAUUAUAUGUAUAGUUGUAGUAUAUACACAUUUAGGUCAACGGUCUAUGCUAUUUAGUUAUAAAAUAAUAACUAGGUACAAAUAAAUUACUAUUACCUAUGUAUACGUAUAUAAACAAUAUAGAGUACCCCGCUAAAGUUCAAAUUUUGUGAAAUUUAUAGGAUUUUAUACAUCAUAUUGGUCGAUUAGGUUUCAUAAACUUUUUUUAAAAUAAAUUUUCAAGUUAUAAUAUUACCUACGUAUAUAUUUUUUGUACAUAUUAAUAAAUUAUAACAUUAGGAAUAUUAUAAAACGCCAUGCUUGUAACUAACGCUAUUUUACGAUUGUUCAAAACUGUUAAUAACAAAAUAAUAUUAUUUUGGACGAUUUUUGAGAUAAAUCAAUAUUUAUUUGAUAUUCGAUUUCAAUGAUAUUGUAAAUACCUACCAAAUUUGUAUUUUUAUUACACAUUUUGUUUAAAACAUUAUUAGUUUGUAAUAAUAAUACUAAUUAUAUAAUAAUAUAUAAUGUAAUUCAUCAAAAAGAAUAUAUUUCACUAAAAUUCAAUGCUUUCAGUAGCAAUUUUGACUAGCCUUUAAGCAGGGAGUGACGAUUAGUAUCUCAAUUCUCCUCCUCCAAAUUUAUACCUUGAAUUACAGCAUCUUGCAUUGGCUCCAUUAACCUAACUAAAACAUAGACACAAAAAUUAUCUAAAUAUUUUGAAAUAUCUAACACGUCUAGAAAAGGUUAAUAUAAUUAUUCUAUAAAAAUGUCAGAUCUCUACGAUUAGUUUUAACCGAUUUACAACACAAAAACAAAAUCUAAAAUAAAACCGUUUAUUAUUUAUACAUUUAUUCAAAUUAUCAUAUUAUAUAUAUAUAUAUAUAUAUAAAUGUAUGAAUAUAUUUUAUAAAUUAAACAAAUUUGUAUUAAAUAAUAAAAUCAAGAUUUAUUUUUUUUGCUACGUGCAAAGCGAUCAAUAUUUAACUCUAUUGAAAUAUCAAGUACUCGGUAAAUAUGAAGUAACACUAAACGAAAAAGUCAAUAUUGAGAUAUCUUCGUUGUCUAUAGAAUUAAAAUAUAAAUGCAAACAAAAGCGAAAUCAAAAAAAAAAAUCAAAUAAUUAUUUGUAUACAUACACAUUGUAAUAAGAUAUAAAGGACAAGGGGAUCCCCCAUUUCCAUUUCCCUUAAAAACCGCCACUGCAUGCUUAAAUGAAUACCAUCCAGGCUCCGAUAAUAUGGUUUUUAGUUAAGUAUUUUCUUACCUAUAUAAAAAAAUAUAUACAUAUAUAUAUAUGUAUAUACGAAUAAAAGAAUAAGAUUUAUACCAUUCUAGCUUUCCCGCCCGCCGUUACUGUGUCAAUUUUUUAUACAUUUUUACCCAUAUCUCUUUUUAGUUUUGACCGUGUCAAAAUGAAAACAAAUAGGUUGAAAGUGGAUAGCCCACCUUCAACAGACUAAAGUUGUUGUGUUAGGACAUUUUUUCGUGAUUUUCAUACCAAAAAUUUAAGAGGUGGGGUGAAUAUCAAAGGAAGUGAAGCCUAACCUUAUCCAUCGGGGAAUGGGGACGCCCGACAGUGGGAAAGUGAGCGCGGCGUUCUUUUUAUACCUUUAUGUGCGUAUUUUCCAACAAUUUAUAUUAAUAUAAAAUGAAUACAUAACUUGAAUACCAUUCAAAUUUUCAAAUUUUUCGGUAAAUUUUUUAAAAAUUUUCUUUCAUAUAAACCUUUUACUGACAUUUACGAAUACAAAAAAAAAUCAAUCAAAUCGGUCCAUCCGUUUUUAUAUUAUUAAUUUUCUUAAUAACGUAGGUAUAUUAACUACAUACUUUAUCUAUUUGAACAAUUUUCACGAAUAUUUGUAUCACAUAUUUGGUAUUAAUAUUUAUUUAUUUAGUAAACAUACAGAUUAAUAAAAAAAUACAUAGGUAUACACUAUAUGUAUACAGAUAAGAAAAAAAAAUAAAACUUAAUUACACUAAUAAUUAUCUUUUCUACAAACAUUUUAUUAAUUAUCUAAUAACGAAAACCACUACCUGUGAUUCCAAUAAUGAUUGAAAUUGAAUUUCUUAUUAAUAAACUGUACAUUUUUAACAUUAUUUCUUCACGUAAAUAUUAUUUAUAUUUAAAAUGAAUAAUUUAAUGUUUUGAUAAUAAAAAACAAACGGACAUACAUUCCACGAUGGGUGGGCUACUGUAAUAGGUUAGAAGUAUGCAAGUAGAGAGGAAAAAUGUAAUAUAUAUCUGUAUGCAAAGAUUAAUCAUGGCUACCGAAAAACGAUUUUGAGCGGAAUUCGGUUAUAUAUGUUUUGAAAAGCCGUAAUAUUUACGAUUUGAAAAUAAUACUAAUAAUUUUCCUGUUAUUCUCACGUUUUUUCCCAGGUUUUCACAUUUAUUGUGAAAACACAUGGGUAAAUCAAAAAAUGACUAUUCAAAAGUACUACCCCAGUCAGAUUUCCUUUCAGAAAAAGCGUUUAACUUGAAAAUUGGAGCAAACUUUUUAGCAGAAAAGUUGUUCCAAAAAAAUUAAAAAACAUUGUAAAACCAAUACAUUCCUCGUUACGCUCAGAAUCUAAACUGUAAACAAAUCUACAAUAAACUAAAACUAUAUUUAACUUUUAUACUAUGUCAUAUUAUAAAUUUUACUAUAAAAAAAAUAUUCUCCGUAAUUAUCUGGAUUCUAGAUACAUUUUGGAUCUAAAUUAACAACACGGAAAUAUAAAAUACAUUAUGACUUAUAUCCAAUUACUUACCUAUACCCAAGUACGUUUGGUAAUUAUGUGCUAUAAUAUUUUAUUGCAUAUCUUAUUCACCUAUAUUAAUCACUUUAGUUUAGUAUUAUAUUUAUUAUUUCACAAUAUUUGCAUGUAAUUUUGAACUAAGAGUAAAAUAAUAAUUCGAUUUUUAUAUAAGCAAUGGAAUAGUUAAUGACACAAAACUAUAUUAUGUUUGAUUUUUCACAUCUGCUUUAUGAAAUAUUUAAUUUUAGAUAAAUUUUACAGUUUAUGGCACAUAUUAUACUAGAAACUAUUAUUCUAAUUUAACACGUUUAUAACAAAAUCCAAUUAUAAUCUAAAUUUCGUAGUUAGUUAAAAUAUCAAAAUCGCUGUUUUUUUUUUUUAAUGUAUUAUAGUAAAAAAGUAAUUUAUUUUAUAUACAAAAUAUAUUUUUAAUUACUUAUCACUUAUCAUAUAUAAAACUGAUACAAGAUUCAUUAUUAAAACAUCUGUUUCGAUUUCAUUGUAAACCAUAAAUAAACAGUGGUUGUUCAAAUAUUUUUAUGUUGUUAAAAUAGGAUUUAGAAUUUUAGUUUUAUACGUAGGUAUACAUAAAAACAUGUAUAUAGAUAUAUAUAUAUAUAUAUAUAUGCGUAUAGAUAGGUACUCUAAUACAAAUUUGUAUCAAACUAUUGGUUAUCAUAUAAUUAUUAUUCAUUAAUAAUAACUACUAUACUUAGUUAUAUAAAUAUUAUUUAGAAUAUUGUCUUUAAUGGUCUUAUAUAACACUGGUUUGUAUUUAAUACGUGCACAAUAUUUACUUCGUACGUUAUUUUAUUUAUUUUUUUACAUAUUUUCUUUGUACAAGAAUUUUUGAAAUAACAACUCUUUUAAGCAUGAACACCAAAAAAUUACAAAUUCGAUUCAUAUAUUUUUUUUUCUUAGGAACUUUCUUAUUAUACUUUAUUUGUCAAAUACAAAUUUCAAAAAAAAAAAAAAUAUUUUAAUUUAAUUUUUGACUUUUUUAUAUAUUAUAAUAGUGCUACAGCUGUUGCUUUUACAACCUGGAGUGGUCAAAACGGAUGCUGAUCCUCCUUCGUUGAAAUCUUUGGUUAUGGAUCCGUACAUAAUAGUUGCGGCCGGUAAUAAUAAUUAAAUAAUUCAAAACUUUUUGAAAGAUAUUAAAACAAUUAUAUUGUUUAAAUUAGGUGCUAUAACAUUCGCAAAUACUGGAAUCGCAAUGCUUGAACCGUCUUUACCGAUAUGGAUGAUGGAUACUAUGGGCGCCGAGAGAUGGAAACAAGGAGUGACAUUUUUACCAGCCAGCAUUUCUUAUUUGAUCGGAACAAAUUUGUUUGGACCACUUGGUCAUCGUAUGGGCAGGUAAUAACUAAUAACAAUUAGCAAUAUGGUCACGACCGAAUAGUUACUAUUGAUCUAUUGGAUAGUUGACCACAUUUGGGCUAUUUGAUCGAUUAAAAGCUAUUUAAUUAAGCUAUGGAAAAAACUGUUCGAACAAUUUUUCGAAAUACUCAAUAGUUUUCUUGAAUAAAACUAUUGGGUCUUGAAAAAAAUGUAUUUGAGUAAAAAUUCGAUAUUUCAUCAAAACUAUAGAUAGUAUAUAUGUAAACUAUCUAGAAGUUUUCGGUAAUAAAUCGAUGAUUACAAUAAUUGUUACAAUAAUAUAUCUACACAAUUUACAGAUGGUUAGCUGCAAUGAUUGGAUUGAUUGUAAUCGGGAUUUGUUUGAUGAUAGUAAGAUAAUAUAAUUAUUCAUUCAUAAACCAUCAUAAACCCAUUUAAUGAUUAAAUUUUUCAACAGAACUUAUAUUAUAAUAUAUCGUAUAAAUAUAUUUAAGUAUAUUUUAUAUUUUUCACAGAUACCUACAGCAAGAGACAUUAACCACUUGAUUGUGCCAAACGCUGGUUUAGGUUUUGCCAUUGGCAUGGUGGAUUCGUCUAUGAUGCCCGAGCUUGGAUAUUUGGUCGAUAUUCGUCAUACAGCUGUUUAUGGCAGUGUUUACGCGAUCGGAGAUGUGGCUUUUUGUCUUGGUUAUACAAUCGGUUAGUAGGGUUUUGUUUAUUUGUAUAUGUUAUAAUAUAUGUCGUACAUAUAUUUAAUUCACUUUCAAUUCGAAUACAAUCAAAAUUAAUAAAACGUUAUCGAGUGAUGUUUAUAAUGCUUAUAUACAUUUAAUUUUUUACUAUAAUAGGACCGGCUUUAAGCGGUACGUUGGUGAAUACAAUUGGAUUUGAAUGGAUGUUAUUCGGAACGGCAAUGUUGAACUUUUUGUACGCACCACUUCUCUACUUGUUACGCAGUCCACCAACAAAGGAAGAGAAAAAAGUAAAAUCAUCUGAAUUUACAUCGUCGACUAAAUUAUAGAAUUGGACAGAAUUUUUGAAAAAUAUUAUCAAAUGAUGAUACAUAUCUAUACAAUUUGCUUCAUCAUUCAAUUAAAAAAAUUGUAUACAGUUGCAGUAUUUGUAUAGUUACCCAGAGACGUAUUUGGGUGUUUGUAUUUUAUUUUUUUAAUCAGUCAAAUACAAUGUAUGAAAAUGGUCUAUAAAUUGUACCACCCAGGACACAAGCUUUCCCAUUUCUUAAAUACGUCUCUAAAGCUAUCAGUUAACGUUAUAAUUUCAUAUAAAUUUUGUUUAGCUCCUCUAAUAUUGAAAUAAACUAUAUAGAUUUAGGUCAAAUAAAAUUUAACUUUUAAUGUAAAAAACAGUAAAAUAGAUACUGAAAAUGAUUAAAUAAAUGACUAAUAAAGUACAUAAUUUUCCGUAAAAGUCAAAUAAAAUGUUUUAUUAGUUAAAUUUUUGUUUAUAAUUUUAAAAUUGCAUACUCAAUAUUUUAAUAGUAAUAUUAGUGUAGAUAUUUUUUUAGAUUUCGACUAUAUAUUUAUAUGUAUUGUUAUAAAUAUAUGGAUAAUAGAUAAUAAGCUAGUAAAAUAACACAUUUAAUAUGUAUAAUUACAUUCUCACUUUUUUUUCAAAAAGAAUAGUAGGUUUAUAUAGAAUAACGCGGAAUAUAAAUAUUCGACCAAUUUCAAUGGGUAUGUAAAACUAUUAGACUAUCAUUUUAUAGCUUUAAUAAAGAAUACAGAUAACUACUAAAAAUACUAACUCUUAAAAUCGGCUUUAAAUAUUAACAAUAACCUAUAAUAGUUAAUCUAUGGUUAAUGAAUAUAAUAUGCUUAUGGCUAAAAACUAAAAUAAAAAACAAAGUGUAAAGGUGUUGGGGAAUAUUAAUUUGUGUUAAAAAAAAAAUUCUUAACAAAGUAAUUUUAAAAUAAUGUUUUACAACUAUUAUAUAGGAGAAUACAUAGAAUACAUUAAUGCAUUAUUGGUAUGUUAUUAUUUUCGCAGUCACUAGUCACCGGAGAAAAGUCAUCGGUACGUUACAUUACCUACCAAAACGAAGCGGACGAAGAAUAAUAAAUAAUCACCUUCAAAAAAUUUACUAACCAACGCUUGAUAAAUUACACGCUUGUACAUUUUUUUUUUCUUCCCGACAAAAAUAAUAAUAUACCUAAUCAAUAAUAUACACAACUGUAGCGUCACCAUAAUGUCUACGUGAUAUUACUGUAAUACAAAAUAUUAAAAAUAUACCUUUGACCUAUACUAUAAUAUAGGUAAUUCGAUUACAGCUUGUUAAAAUCAUUCCGGUGAUCUUGAUUUUUAUUCAUUAACUAAUAGCAUUACAUUAUUAAUAAUAUUAAUAAUACUAAUAAUACUAAUAAUCACACAGCUGUUGCUAAAAAUAUUAAAAUAGUGUUUAUUUUUAAAUUUAUACCCUUGUUAUAAUCGAAACCGAAACAAUCAUUGAUACAACGAGAAUUACUAUCUGAAUAUGAAUAGGUACAAUAAAAAAAAAAAUGAAUAAUUUAUUCACCUAUAAAAUAAUAUACCAUUAUAUUAUUACACUAUACGAUACUAUCGCAAUAAUUAACUAUAAUAUUAUACUCUCUAUAUAUAUAUUUAUUACAUUAUAUUAUGCAUAUUAUUAUUAUAUCAUUAACAUUUAUUAUAUUAUAUAGUUAAUGCAAAAUAUUAUAAUAAAUCGACUUUGCAACGUUAUACGAAUAUUUUCUUAUAUAUUAUAUAUUAUAUACUUAAAAUAUAAUAUUAAAUCGUAUUAUUAUGUAUACCUAUAUAUUUUACCGCUCAUCAUCAAGAGCGUCAGAACAUUUUGUUGAUUAAGACUGUUUAAUAUAAUAAUAUUAUUACCUAUUAUAAUACUUAAUAAAUACAUAUAUUAAUCAUGUUUUCUUUAUAUAUAUAUAUAAUAUAUAUAUAUAAAUAUAAUAUUAAAAUAUAUUAAUAAUAAUAAAGUGUCAGACCAAAAU